AGCAAGCACAGAGGAACACCAACAGAAAACAAGGGCAUGUCCUCCAUCAAUGAGCUCCCAGAGAAUGUCCUCCUGGAGCUGUUCUCCCUGGUGCCAGCCCGGGAGCUGCUGAGGUGCUGCCGACCAGUCUGCAGCCUGUGGAGGGACCUCAUUGACCUGGUGACCUUGUGGAAACGCAAAUGCCAGAGAGAGGGCUUCAUCUCCAGCAACUGGGACCAGCCAGUAGCCGACUGGAAGGUUUUCUACUUCCUCUGCAGCCUCCGGAGGAACUUGAUCCGAAACCCCUGUGCCCAAGAGGGGUUCAAAUUUUGGAAAAUUGACAAGAACAGAGGAGAUAAAUGGAAAGUAGAAGAAAUACCUAGAGCACACGGAACAGAAUUUCCAGACCCCCAGGUCAAGAGAUGCUUUGUCACUUCCUAUGGUACCUGCCUCAAGUCUCAGAGGGUGGACCUGAAAGCCGAGGGGUAUUGGCAGGAAUUGAUGGACACAGUGAGGCCAGACAUUGUGAUCAAGGACUGGUUUGCUGCCAGAAAUGACUGCAGCUGCGUCUACCGCAUCCGUGUGAAACUGUUGUCAGAUAACCAUGAAGUCUUGGCUGAGUUUAAGCAAGCCCCUGUGUACAUCGAGCAAUGGAGUGGUGCUGAAUGGAGAGAGGUUUCCUACACUUUCUCCAAUUAUCCCCCAAGAGUCCGUUACAUCCACUUCCAGCAUGGAGGCAAAGAUACUCAGUACUGGGCUGGCUGGUAUGGCCCAAGUGUCACCAACAGUAGCAUCACCAUUGGCCCUGAGGUCACCAGGAAACCCAGUCCUGCAGAAGUGGAGGACCCUUUCAGGAGACAGCCUGAGACCCUUACAGCAAAGACUGAGGUUGCCAGUUAGGGAAUGGGGAAACAAACUGUGGUACAUGAAUGUGAUAGAACAUUACAGUGCCAUAGGUAGGGAUGAAUAUGAAGAAUUCAGAGACUUAUAUGAACUGAUUCAGAAUGACACUGGAUAGGCGUGUGACCCUGGGAAAGUUACUUAAGCUCUGACUGUGGAUAGGGGUAUAGUUCAUAAUCAAA